CCCAAUUAUGGAACCAAUAAAAACCGAAAGGAAAACCCUAGCAAGGUUUCUUUCUAGGAGCAAGAGAGGAGCAGGGGCUUGAGCCACCCACAGAGGCAGCCGAACUGCACAGUCCGCUACCAUGGGUCGUAUGCACAGUCGAGGUAAGGGUAUUUCCGCAUCUGCUUUACCGUAUAAGAGGACUCCGCCAAGUUGGCUUAAGAUCUCUGCUCAAGAUGUUGAUGAGAACAUUUGCAAGUUUGCAAAAAAGGGUCUGACACCAUCUCAGAUUGGUGUUAUUCUUCGUGAUUCACAUGGUAUUGCUCAGGUGAAGAGUGUUACCGGAAACAAGAUUUUAAGGAUAUUGAAGGCUCAUGGGCUUGCUCCUGAAAUCCCUGAGGAUCUGUACCACCUCAUUAAGAAAGCUGUUGCAAUCCGCAAACAUCUAGAAAGGAAUCGCAAGGAUAAAGACUCGAAGUUCAGGUUGAUUUUGGUUGAGAGCAGAAUCCACCGUCUAGCUCGUUACUACAAGAAAACAAAGAAGCUUCCACCUGUGUGGAAAUAUGAAUCGACCACUGCCAGCACACUAGUGGCUUAGGCAGUAAAAGGGACAAGCUUUGGUGACUUCAGUGAAAGGAAGGACUCUCAGUGGAGCAGGAUUCAGUUUUUUCCCCCUUUCUGUUUUGAUGUUUUCAUUUAUUGUGAUGGCAAUUCAUGAUGACUAAAUUUCCUCUGUGCAUGGAGGCAAAAGUAAUAUCAGACUUUGUGUAUGGAGGCAAAAGUAAUAUCAGCCUUGUUAAGAAUGAUCUUUUUUCCUUGUUGAUCAUUUAAGAUGAUGGUUUAUCUAAACUAACCCAAUUUACUGUUCUAUUUGUCAA